UAAAUCGAAAAAGGAAGUAUAAUACGUGUGGGAUUUACAUAUUCACUUUUCCAAAAAGUGAACUAGAACAUUUUAUUCCAGAUUUUCUUAAAGAAAUGGCGUCAAACCGAAUAGGACAGGGUGCAACUUCAAUCCCAGUUCGAGCGGGAGCGUUAAAAGAACGCAUGUUUGUUGCUGCAAUUGAUUUUGGAACAACAUAUUCUGGAUACGCAUUUCAAGCUCGUGCAGACUUUACUACUGAUCCGUUGCAGAAAAUCAUAUCAAACAACUGGAAAUCCUCGGUACCUGGUCUUUCACACAAGACACCAACUUGUAUUCUAUUCGAUAAACAUCAACAAUUCCAUUCUUUUGGUAAUGACGCUGAACAAAAAUACAACGAACUUGCAGCAGAUGGUGAAACGUGGAAUUGGUACUUCUUUAAACGAUUUAAGAUGACUUUGUAUAAGGAAGAGGCUUUGUCACGCGACACAGUUGUUAGAGAUGACAAGGGUAUGGACAUGCCAGCUAUGAUUGUGUUUACAGAAAGUCUUAAAUACCUCAAGGACCACUUGAUCAAGACGCUAGAAAAAGACUCUAUCGAUAUCAGACCCCAGGAUAUCCACUGGGUAAUCACAGUGCCAGCAAUAUGGACAGAUUCAGCAAAACAGUUUAUGAGAGAGGCAGCAAUUAAUGCCGAGAUACACACAGACAUGGUUUCAUUGAGUCUUGAACCCGAGGCAGCUAGUUUGUUUUGCAGAUAUGUACCCGUGCAAAGAGUUACUGGUGUCAGUCAAGCAGAAAUUCGAAGUUUCAGUAUUGGAGACAAAUACAUGAUUCUUGACUGUGGUGGUGGAACUGUCGAUAUAACUGUACAUGAAAUACAGGAAGACAGUACCUUAAGAGAGCUUGCAAAAGCCAAUGGGGGAGAAUGCGGUGGUACGCAAGUGGAUGAAAAGUUUAUUUCGUUGUUGAAUGAUUUAUUUGGCCCGGAUGUCAUGGAAGUAAUUUGUCAACGCUUCAGGGAGGAUUACCUUGAUGUGAUGCAAAGCUUUGAAAUAAAGAAGAGAAGAAUUUCUCCUGACUUAUCUGGAAUAGAAACUAUAAAGAUACCUGUUUCAUUUACAAAUACAUACAAGGAACUGAACAAUAUAGACAUUGCUAACAAUCCUAGUAUUCCGCAACGUCUGAAGGGUAAAGUUACGUUCACAAAUGAUAAGGUACGAGUCGAUGCAGAUGUUAUGAAGGAUCUUUUUACGGAUGUAUGUGAGGAAAUUUGUAAACAGGCGAAAGAGUUUUUCAGCUCUAUAAGGGAGCAUAAAAUCGACAAAAUUCUGAUGGUGGGCGGUUUCAGUGAAUCCGAGAUGCUUCAAGUUAAGGUAAGAAAGACUUUCCCAAGAGUAAAGUUGAUAAUACCAGAGGAAGCUGGUCUUGCUGUUCUGAAGGGGGCAGUUCUGUUUGGGCACAAUCCAAAGAUGAUUACAGCACGUGUAUGUAAAUAUUCAUACGGGAUACGCGCUUUCAAGCAUUUCGAGCCCGGGCUAGAUCCACCAGAGAAGAGGGAGGUCCAAGGUGAUUUAGUCCUUUGCAAGGAUUACUUUAGUAAGCAUGCAACAAUUGGCCAGGAGUACAAGACAGAAGAAAAAGUUUACACACAAGAGUAUGUCCCGUCUGAUGAUAGUGGAUCGAAGUUAGAGGUCUGGGUAUACACAUCCCCUAGAAAACAUCCAUUAUAUAUAGACGAAGAGGGAAGUAGGAAAAUAGGCGAAAUAAGCAUUCCAUUACAAAACACGAAAGGAAAAGAUCAUCCUGUAAAGGUUCAGUUUGAAUUUGGAGACACAGAACUAAAGGUUAAAGUCAAGGACACAGUGACGGGGCAAGAGAAAGAUGCAGACUUUGAUCUCUUGAGACUUUAAAUGUGAAGUUCAUGAUAUGUGUGCGUAUCAAACAUUCCACAUUUAAUAAUCUUUACUGAACAGAAUGUUUAAAAUAUUUUGAAAAUUAUUUAAACAUUACCAAAUUCGUGUUUAAUUUAACGUCCUUAUCGGACAUAUGUUCAUCUGAUAGUCAACAGAAAACGUUCUUUUCAACAUAUUGUAGUAAUUUACAUGAUCAAAACGAUAAUUCAAAAUAACCCAGCGUUUAACAGACACAAUGACAUUGAAACAUGCGUGGCUCCUGAUGAGCGUUUUUUUGUGUUUUUUUAUGUUGUGUAUUUAAAUAAAUAAAUUAUGUUCUUGUUUAAUUUACUCCCGAUGAUUUAAUAACUAAGAUUUUUUUUGUAGAUAUGUCUAUUAACAUGACUGUGUGAUAUACUAACGAUAUAUAUUUUCUUUUGAUAUAUUAACGAUAUCCAUUUAAAGCGGCCGUCGGCUUUUUUAAAAUUCAAAUAUGUAAUUUUUAGAUAAGUCGUUUCGUAUGAUUGUCAAAUCAGAAAAAUUAAGGUUGAAAAUGAAAUUUGCCGACGAUAAAAUGCAAAAACAUUAAGGAUAACUCUCGAUACCUCUUAUCUACCGGUCCAACCUCUAUAUUUAAAUGAGUAAAGCGGACGAAUCGUUUCCCGUCUUCUAUUUAUAGAAAAAAAACGUCACUGACACGUUAUAAAUAGCUCUCGGGACGUUGUCUUCACUUUUACAAAAUGAAAUUACUGAAAUACUUACUAGUUUGAAACAACAACAAAUUGCUUUUGCAAGAGAAAAUAAAAACUGAAGGCCGCUUUAAACAUUUUAAAUGUAUAUUCUGGAUAUCCAUUUACAUGACUUGUAUAUUUUAUGGAUAUCUAUUUAUAUGUGAUAUAUAUUACCGGUUGUUAAAUGUUUAUAUGAUUAUUAAAUGUCAUGAUUUGGCAAUAGUUUUGCACAAAAUUAACACUUAUACCGGCAUUCUGAUUGGCUAGCUUAUAUUAUGUAAAUACGAAUAACAUUCUAUGCCAGUAUUUAGUUUGCAAUUUAGCAAAUACAUGUAUCCUGGUUUCUUGUAGCGUCAUUGCUUGAAAGUCGUUAGCUGCAUGUUUAUUUGUUCAUAUUCUAGAAUAAAUUGAUAUCCAUACCUGUACAUUAUGGAUAAAUACGUUUACUAGAACUAAAAAAUAUUCACGUGUAUAACACGUGCAUUGAAUGUCAUGUUUUAUAUCGAACAAAUGUGAUGAUUUCUUUUCUAGACCUUUUUUUUGAAGAUAUUGAAAUAUUUUCAUGUUUACCUAAGUAAAACAGUAUUUUAGAAUAAAUGUAAUUAUUACAUUUCUUUACCGCAUUUCAAGUCCCUUUAAUAUUUUACAAUUGAUUAAAAAGCAAACAGGUGCACGAAUAUGACUUAAAGCAAUAAAUUUGUAUUCCACUUAAAGUAAUUAUUUUUAUCUCAGCUUUGUAAAUAUAUCAUUGGUGUACUUUUACAAACAAAUAGGAAAUAAUGUCGUUUUCUUCUUUCUGUAAUUAUGAAAGAUCUGGAAUGAUAUUAUUGGUGUAAAACAUUAAUAUUGAAUAAUCAAGAUAUGCCUAUGUAUAGAUUGUUGAACAUUGCAAAAUAUUAAGUUAUUUUCAUAUUUUCUAACAAAGAAUGCCUGUUUCAAAAAGAAUGUGUCACAUGCAUUUUCAAGACUGCAAUAUUGAUAACUUGUCAAAUUUUUUGAACUAUAAAUACUUAAGCAAUAUUUUUGUUUUAAAGCAUAGUCAAAUACAAAUAUAGGAAUUCAGGAUAACUAAAUUUAGAUUAUAAUUGCUAAAGCUGGAAAUUAAAACUGGA